UGAUGUUUGCGUGCCAGCUUACAGAGUUCCGUAGUUGCGCGCUGUUUCAUGGCUCUUCACACGUGGUUUUGCGUCGUUCGGUGUAACGACUGUACGUUUACUAUACAGCAGGGAACAGAACAUAAGCGUGGAUAAAUAACGGUGCCUUUGCAGCGGUCGCGUGCUCGCGAAGCCUACAUCAGAUUCAGUACUUCAUCGACCGCACAACUGCUAUAACUUCUCUCGCGACCAUUGUGCACGUUCGCCUUCGAACCGUUCCUGGUCCACGGUUCCAGCGACCUUGGCAAUGAUAUUGGAUAGAACACGGUUGACGUACGUGUCGGCGGCAGCUGUCGGCGCCGGGACGGUGGUCGUGUUCCUUUGGUGGUACUGGACCAAAAGGCAGAAGGAUCAGCCACCCUCGGAAUGGCGGAAGGUCGGCGAACUCAGUAACAUGAUCGUGUUCCCGGUUAAGUCACUUGGACCGAUCCGGAUGAACACGAUGGAGUGCACGAAACUGGGUCUGAAGUCUGGCUGGUUGAGGGACCGCACGCUGAUGGUCAUCGACCUGAAUGGACGCUUCGUCACCGCUAGGCAGCAUCCCAAAAUGGUCUUGGUAUCGCCCAGCAUUUCCGGAUCGGUUCUCACACUGUCAGGUCCGGGAAUGAUGUCCGUGUCCAUCGAUCUAUCGCGAAUCCAAGGUAAAGGAUUCCGCGUGGCGGUGUGGGGACAACCUGUACAAGCGUGCGACUGCGGUGAAGAGCCGGCAAGGUGGUUGUCCCGGUUCAUCCUUCAGGAGGACGCUGGUUUUCGACUGGUUUAUUAUCCGUUGAGUUAUCCAAGCAGAGAAGUCAGAGAGAAGAACAAGUAUUUCCCGUUGACAUCCGCGGACACGGGAGCCUAUCCAGAUGCCACCAGCUACAAUCUGAUAAACGAGAGUUCGAUAACCGAAUUAAACACUCGAUUGGAUAAUCCAGUUGUCGCGGACCAAUUUCGUCCAAAUUUCGUCGUGAAGGGUGCUGUCCCUUACGAGGAGGAUAGCUGGCAGUGGGUGAAAAUCGGGGAUGUUAUCUUCAAGAACGUGAUGCCGUGCACCAGGUGUAUCUUUACUACCAUCGAUCCGGAAACCGGUAAAAAGGACCCUAAAGCUGAGCCGUUGAAAACUCUGAAAAGUUACAGACAAAUAACGGAUCCAGCUAUACGUCCUAUGACCGGUGAAAGUCCAGUGAUGGGUAUCCACCUGGCAUUGAGGAGCUCUAAUGGCACCGUGCGAUUAGGGGAUCCAAUUUACGUUGGUGUUCCUGGUAUGGAACCACCAUUGAUCUCGCCUCCAUAGCUGCACCGAUGGGCUUCCUGCGAGGACGAAGCAUUCGCCUAUCCGGAAGCCGAUAAUAAUUUGUCCAAGGACUCCAUGAAUGAAAAUUCGUAGCGAUGUCUUCGCCAAUUAAUCGCCAAUGGUGUAUCGUUAAUCGGGCCUAAUAUGACUGUUCCUUGGAACAAUCUGAGAAUCUUCCAGUCGGAUAAAAGUUUCAAUAAUAUUCACGAAAGUGAUCGCGUGCGAUUUAGAGAGUGUGAUAGAUAAUAAUCUUUAUAAGAAUAUUAUUUUGCCAAGUAUACUGUGCUUAAAUGAUCGAGGUGACUGUUCCUUGAACGUAUUUUUGCUAAAUAUUGAAUCAAUAUUAUUGAAGUCAAUAUUUUUCAUCGUUUCUUCGUGUUUGUAUCGAAACAUAAUAAAAUACAGGAAAUAAAUAAGUUA